AUGGGUAUUCUCAAACUGAUUCUUCUCCCCGUAGCAGUCGGGGUGCUCAUCGCCACUGUUUGGAAUUUGGUGCCAGAGAAAGAGGUAAUCGUCGAAGAGAAUAACUUUUAUGGCAGUGGAAAGAUAAGAGCAGACAACACUGAAAUUAAACCAUUCAAAGUGAAUGUGGAUCAGAAAGUUAUUGAUGAUCUGAAACAUCGUCUGGAAAACGCUCGCAUCUCUCACAGUGUUCUGGAAGAUUCAGAUGACUUCUUCUAUGGAUUCAAUGCUAAACAGCUUCUGAAACUCCGUGACUAUUGGCUUAACAAGUAUGACUGGAGAAAACAAGAGGCAAUUAUCAAUCAAUUCCCACAAUUCACCACUGAAAUCGAAGGACUUCAAGUGCAUUUCCUCCGCGUUCAACCACCAAAGUCUUACAAAAUCGUCAAGCCAAUUUUGGUUGCCCAUGGAUGGCCUGGAAACGUCUUCGAAUUCUACAAGCUCAUCCCAAUUCUCACUGAUCCAAAGAAGCAUGGAAUCAAUUCGGAAUUUGCAUUCGAAGUGAUUGCUCCAUCAAUUCCAGGAUACGGAUGGUCUGAGCAACCGAAGAAAAGUGGAUUCUCUCAAUUAGCGUGUGCUCGUGUCUUUAAGAAACUGAUGGUUCGACUCGGCUUCGACAAGUUCUACUUGCAAGGAGGAGACUGGGGAGCUAUCAUUACAUCUCUCCUCACUAGAGUGUAUCCAGAACACGUUAUCGCUCUCCACUUGAACAUGGUGCCAGCAAUGCCAGGAGCUAACUUCAUGGGAACUUUCUACGACAUUCUCGGAUGGCUUGUUCCAUCUACUCUCUCUUCCAAAGCACUCCAAAAGAAUCACAAUCCAUUCUCGAAGUUCGGUGUCAUGAUUGUUGAAACUGGAUAUAUGCAUCUUCAAGCUACGAAACCAGAUACUGCUGGAACAUCUCUGAACGACUCACCAAUUGGACUUGCUGCAUAUAUCAUCGAAAAGUUCUCCACGUGGACCAAUACCGAUUAUCGAGCUCUUCCGGAUGGUGGUCUCAACAAGAGAUUCACUAAUGACGAGUUGCUCACAAUUGUAAUGAUCUACUGGACAAAUGGAAAUAUCGUUUCCUCGCAGAGAUUCUACAGAGAAUUCUUCCUCGAUAAAAGAUGUGAAGACCUUGGAAAGAAAUACGUAUCCACUCCAACUGCUCAUGCUAGCGGUCUCAAUGAGCUCUAUGAUCGUACUCCAAUUGAAGUUUCACGAUACUUGUUCAACAUCACUCAUUACACUGAAAUCGACAUGGGACAUUUCGCUGCAUUCGAAGCUCCAAAACCUGUCGCGGCUUCUGUAUUCCAAUUUAUUAAGGAUCUUGAAUAG